AUGGCCGAAGCCACCUACUACAUCGACGAAGACGUCGGUCACGACACCCCAGAGCAAACUGGCGACGAAUCGCUGCCCUACAAAUCACUCGGAUACGCUGUCCUCACCCGCGGCGAGACAGCCAAGUUCCUCACCCGCAAGAGUGUCACCGGCGAGAUCGCAGAGGGCGCCGACGCGACAUCGAGGUUAGAAUGGAAGGAUGCCGCCAAGUCGGCCAUGAAGAAGGCCGUCAACUACGCCAAGACGCAGAAGAAGAAGCAGGAGAAGGACCAACAAUUGCUUGCGCAGCGCAUGAAGGAGGAGCACGACCGCAACAAGGUGCUGGAUGAGGCUAAGAAGAUUGUCAUAGAAGAGGACAAGAGCCUGCCAGCGCCCAUCAAGAUCAAGCUCGACGACACCGACCCGAAGAAGAUUACACUGGGAGAUGGCAAGGACACAAAGGGCACACGUGUACGCGUCUUUGGUCGUGUACAUCGCGAGCGGAGACAAAAGGAUGUCAUGUUUGUUACCUUAAGAGACGGCUACGGUCAGAUGCAAGUCAUCUUCACUGGAAACCUCGCAAAGACAUACGACGCCCUUACCUUGACCCGCGAGACCAGCAUGGAGAUUUUCGGAGAGCUGAGAAAGAUCCCAGAGGGCGCACACGCACCCAACAACCGCGAACUGCACGUCGACUACUACAAGAUCCACGAUGGAUGGAAGGCGGCCGGUGGUGACGAUGCCAUCACCAACAGAGUAUCAAAGGACACUGAGCACGCGACACUACUUGACCUGCGACAUCUCACUCUCCGCGGAGAGACAGCCUCCAAGGUCAUGAUCGUCCGCGAUGCCGUCGAGUUUGCCUUCAACCAAGUCUACAAGGAGAUGCGAUUACGCAAAGUCAGCCCGCCUGCGCUCGUCCAGACGCAGGUCGAAGGCGGUGCUACGCUCUUCAAAUUCGGCUACUACAACGAAGAAGCCUACCUCACCCAGUCCUCCCAACUCUACCUCGAGACUUGCCUACCAUCCAUGGGCGACGUUUACUGUAUCGAGAAGUCUUUCCGCGCGGAGAAGUCGCUCACGCGCCGCCAUCUAGCAGAGUACACGCACGUCGAAGCCGAACUCGACUACAUCAACUUCGACGACCUACUUAACCACCUGGAAGAAGUCAUGUGCCGCGUCCUUGAAGUCACAAUGGCCGACCCCGUUGUGAAGCAAUACAUCAUGGACCUCAACCCAGAGUUCCAGCUCCCCGAGCGACCGUUCAAGCGCAUGAAGUACCAAGACGCCAUUGACUGGCUCGUCGAGCACGAGAUCCCCAAUGAAGACGGCGAGCCGCACAAGUUCGGUGACGAUAUUGCUGAGGCUGCUGAGCGUCGCAUGACGGAUAUCAUCAACAGGCCCAUCUUCUUGACCCACUUCCCCACAGAGAUCAAGGCUUUCUACAUGCUCAAGGAUAAGGACGAUGCGCGGGUCACCGAGAGCGUAGACUGCUUGAUGCCUGGUGUUGGCGAAAUUGUUGGAGGCAGUAUGAGGAUGGACAACUACGAUGAGUUGAUGGGUGCGUUUGCACGUGAAGGUAUCGAUCCUGCGGCGUACUACUGGUACACUGACCAGAGGAAGUACGGUUCUUCGCCCCACGGCGGUUACGGACUCGGUCUCGAGCGCUUCCUCGCCUGGCUCUGCAAGCAGCACACCGUCCGCGACUGCUGCCUGUACCCCCGCUACUUCGGCCGCUGCAAGCCUUGA